ACGCGGCUCACAAAACAGCUGAAUAUCGAGCAUAGAUUUGGUUUCCUUAGCAUGAAUUGACCACUAAUGAUGGUAUGCUUGCCAUCAUUAUGAAAUAAAAUUAAAUAAACAAUGGUUUGUAAAGCUCCUCCCGGCUCAACCCAGUCUCCUUUGCAGCCGUUUGUUUUGGAUGUCACGCAAUGCUCCCCGACUACCUCCGACUGGGCACCUCCUCCCCACUCUCCCCUAGUAUUUUGUGUGAUUGUCACCGAACUUCACCGGAUCGAAGGCUCUGUAAGAUUGAACACAUGGACCCAACUGUAGUAUCUACAGCAGGCCACUGAGGCUUGGAACUCCAGCUACACACAGUCGUAAGAAACACACGGUAGAGAGACCCUGGGAACGAGGAACACCCUAUCCGCUUGGUCACAUGACACAGGAACUUUGACACCUCUUCUGGAUCCAAAGUAAAACACGCAAGCGUUUGUCUUUAGUGAGCGCUGAGCGUAAGAAAGAUGCAGAAAGCCAUUCUGUGACUAACGCAGGGAACCACGAUCAGGAAAACAAUGGCAUAAACAGUGUGCAUUUAGUACACAGUUGACCUUCGCGCUGGUUGUUCUAUUUGUUGCUGCUACAGUACACCGUGCUGUCGAGACCCAACCAGUCGAAACAGCUGUCUUGGCUUUCAGUUUGGACUCUAUCAGGCCGUUAUCUUGUUAAAUUUUUCUACGUAGUAAUCAGCCUUGCUUCAUUGUUGUUCUAUCCCAAGCUGGAUGUAGUACUAGUCAUCUGAGAACGGGGAGACAUAUACACGAACGGGAAAAAACUUGCCGGUCCGGAAUCGCUUGGAAGCUGGCAGACAACCGGAAAAUUAUACAACAAAGUAUCGAGGUGAGUUGACUUUUUAAAAUGAAAGAAGACAUCGUAAUUUUUAGCUUUUAAGCGACACUGUUGUGUUUCCAUACAAACCCUUACAUUAAAUUCAAACCGUUAGGGUAACGUCACGUUUGUCCUUCUAACCGCAUGGGAUCAUGGGAUGUCUGUUUAUACUCGUCACACAAUCUCUAGCAGUACAUAACGUAUUGCGGUUGUCAUUUAGCGAGAUAAUUACCCCCUUGUAACUGUAUGACACCAAAAAAUCAUUCGCUUACGAACGCGGAUUUCUUUCUUUCUUUUCAUGCUAUUCGCGGGGAAAGGAAGAGCCUGUGAAGAGCCUGCUCUUAGGUUCCAGGAUUUCUUUGUCUCUUCUCAUCACCGUGAUGUCGGCCUACCACCCCCUGCUUCGUCAAUCUUUUUGCUCGCGCUCCAACUUGCGCGCGGCCAGAGUGCGAAUAAAAAAGCUUGCCACGCUGGCUAGUAGAUCACAUUUUGUGUUUGUUCUGUUGAAACUAUAUUUCAGAACACUACCCAUUUCUAAGAAACUUUCGAAACCGGAAAAGAAUUGAAAGCGAGAUAUUUACGUCACCGCUGGUCACCGCCUUCACUUGUAUUGGUAGUGUUUAGCUUGAUGAUAUCAUUAAGAGCUUCUUCAAGUAGAAACUGGCCAUGGCUUCCGCAGUACCAGCAUUUCCUUCCACCAAAGAAACAACUAACUACGCCAGACUGUGUCGGCUCCUGGUAGAUGUGGGCUCACAGGUCCUAAGAGAAACCUUUGAUAGAAUACACCCCCCAGCAAGCCUUUAUGUAGCUUUGGCAAGACCUGCAGUGCACGCUACACUGCAGUCGUUACACAGGAAAAAAGUUCUUAACCCUACACAGUGGAGCAAAUUGUAUCCGGCCAUCGCAUCUUCAGUUUCAUCAAGGGACUUUGACAUCACGUUACUGAUGAUACUGCUGAGGAAUAUCUGUGGUAUGAUUCCUCCCAUAACUGGCUGGGAUGAUCUUCCUGCUGCUACUGAUGUCUCUCCUGAGGCUGACAUCGCUCGAGUCAAGUUCUACAGAAACACAAUUUACGGUCACGCCAGUCAGGCUUCAGUUGACGAUGCAGCAUUGAGCAAAUACUGGACUGACAUCCGGCAGGCGUUGGUGAGACUUGGAGGAGCGAGUUAUGGGACCGCUAUUGAUUCUCUCAGAGAUGACUGCAUGGAUCCUGACAUCGAGAAACAUUACCAAGAGCUUCUGAAACAGUGGAAGAAGAUAGAGGAGAACAUUCAAGACAGGUUAGAGGACAUGGAUAAAAAGCUGAAUGAUCUAAAAGUGUCAAUGCUUACUCCACAAGGAAGGACACCUGUCAAAGUUGCAGACCCAUUGGACCUUCAGGAGUGUCAAUCUCAGUUACGCAUGCGUUAUAACACCGUGAAUCAAGUAAAAAUCAGUCCUUGGGACCCAGAUGACACUGUGGAUAUUGAUGAAAUUUACACCAAUUUAUCGUGGUUAAAAGAUGAAAGAAAACCCACUGGUAAGAAACAAAGGAGAUUGGAACACUACACUGAAAUAUUCACAGGCCACAAGCGCUUCACCAAUCCUAAGAGAAUUCUUGUGUACGGAAGACCAGGUAUCGGCAAAUCGACCUUUUCGCAGAAAGUUGCUGUCGACUGGGCGAGCGGAAAGAACGAAACCCUGAAAAGGUUCGACAUUUUGCUUUUGAUCAAGUUGAGAGACGUCUGUGGAAUUCAAGAUUUUCCGUCCAUGUUAAAGGCUUCUGAAGUACUUGCUUGUGACGGUUCAAUUUCCAUUGCUAGCCUGUAUGAAUACGUUCUUCAGAACCAACACAAAGUGUUGCUCGUUUUGGACGGUUAUGACGAAUACAGUCCCGGGACUUUAAAAUCCUCACCAAUUCGUGAGAUAUGGGAAGGUAAUCAACUGAGAGAUUGCCAUGUUGUCGUUACAACCAGACAAAUGGAAAGUGAACAGUUGAUCAAGUCCAGCCACGUACAGUGCGAGAUCAAGGGACUGGAUAGCAAGGAGCAGGUGAACGAGUUUGCUGGCAAGUUUAUCACCAAUCCAAGAGAAAUUGAAGAAUUUAACGGUUACUUGGACAGCAGAGAUCUGUGGGAAAUAGCGGAGAUACCUCUGCUUCUUUUAAUGCUGUGCCUGAUAUGGAUGGACAGACAUAGGAAAGCUCUGCCAAAAUCACGACUCGCUUUGCAUGAAAGAUUUGUGGAGACCUUACUAUCGCACAUGGCAACAAAGAAUCCGAAGAAUGUGAACGAUGGACCUUCAUAUAACAUCCUUGAUGAGUACAGAGAAGACCUGAGCAAAAUAGGAAAGCUAGCUCUGGAAGGUCUCCUGAGAAACGCGCUUUACAUUGAUCUUAAAGAUGCAAUCCUUCAGAGUAGCAGAUUCACCGACAACAUGAUUCGCUCAGGCCUUUUUCAGUUUUCAAAGCUUUCAAGUGCAGAUCCUAACAAGAGCUUAUUUUUUCUUCACAAAUCGAUUCAGGAAUUCUUAGCUGCAUGGUUUAUAAUGAACAAGGCAGGAUUGAUGGAAGGAAAGGUGGAUUGUUUUGCAAGGAUCGAUUCAUUUCAGAAAGCUUGGCAUCUUCAGGAGAUUCUGAAGUUCAUGUGUGAAUGGUCAGAGCAAGGAGCCAGAGCAGUUUUCAGUCUUCUUAAGUUCUUAGGAGAAAAAGAAGGUCUUACGAAGUGCAGUUUUACUAAAACGCCUUCUGUGGACGAUCUAUCGGGUGACCAAAGAAACUUUCUAUAUCUUAGUUUGCAAUGUUUUUUUAGUUGUUCGUCCUCAACCAAACAAGUUUUGUACCCUCUGUUUCUAUCAAAUGUUGACGGUGUUGUAUUAGUGAACAACUCCCUUGCCGCCCGAAGCCUUGCAGCUGAAGCUCAACUUAUUUCUUCCGCUUUACCGAGUUAUGUAUUCUUUGAGGUCGGAGUUGUUUUCGCUGACAUUGCACCCUUACUAGAUGCCUUACAUGCUGUUGUUAUCACAUGUUCUGGACUUAGACUUGAGGCGUCAACUUUUUUUCGAAAUCAUUGGGUGGCCUCUGGAUUCCCGAAGUUACAUUUCUUUUUAAAGAAACAAGGAGAAACAGUAUACUUUUAUUUCACUCACAUUUCAUGGAAAUACAGGUUUCCAUCAGAAUACCUUGAAAUAUUAAGAGAUCUCACAACGGCGCUACCCGAGUCUCAAAAGAAACAGUCCACUGGUGACCAUUCAAGCAGUGAAGACAACAAAAACAACGCUUUGAAUGUUGCUGAGGACACUGAGGGUAGAUCUGAUUGCGGGCUGAAUUGCUUAGCGCUGGUCAUUUCGAUAGAAUGGGAAUGUAACAAAGCGAGUGACGAGUUAUGUGCUCUCAAUGGGGUUUUGUCUGCUGUGGCCUUUCCACGUAGCGUUGAAGUAACCCAAGCACACUUUCGUUUGUUUGAUGCUCAAGUGGUGAAGGAUGUGGUCUCCCAUAUCAACAUAACUGACAAUCUUUAUAGGUUGCAGCUCAAGAGGCUGAACAUGACGGCUGACGAUGCAACCAUCAUCGCAACAUCUCUUCAUCACGCCCAUAACUUGCAUGAGCUGGAGUUAUCAGACAGUCCAUUGUACGGCAGUGUGAGUUAUCUGGCUGAAAACCUUCACCAUGCUCUACGGCUGGUUGACUUGGCAUUGUUUAGAGUCGGUAUGGGGUAUCAAGAGUGCAUAUCACUUGGUACUUCACUUAAACAUCUACCACAGUUACAAAGACUCAGUUUAUCAUACAACUUACUUGGUGACGGGAUCACUAAGCUGGCUGAGCACUUCAGCAGUGUUCCUCGUCUGAGGGCACUGGGGCUAGGCGGAACAAACAUGGGUGAAGAAGAGGCAACUUUCCUGGCUCAUUCACUGAAGCAUGUAUCAAACCUUGAGGAACUCUAUCUAGCUGGAAACCCGCUUGGGCAAGGAGUCAGCAUUCUUGUACAGCAUCUCAGAAACCUCCCAAAUCUGAGGAAACUGGAUCUUAAAGAUGUUGUGAUGACAAAGAAAGAACUCGAUGACGUGACAGCCGCAAGCCGAGAAAAAAGGAUUAAAACCAGUUACCAUGAUCCUCAAGGUAACUUGAAGCCGGAGCGUGUCUGGCCGGUGAUUGAACCUGCUCCGGAUUAUUUAUUUUCUCCAAUGCUUGGAAGCCAUAAUGAUGGCAAUUUGUGCCUGUGUUCUAUUGGUGCGCGGUAGAACAAAAGCAUCUGAUUAGAUCUCGACCAUCACAAGACUAACAAACAUCUCUUUAAAACCGUAAGGUGAUAAACUAAGUAUCUGUUCGUUCACACUAAAUUUCAAUCAUCAUCAAUGUGAGCGUUUGCAAAGUGGCAUUAGCAUAACGAAAUCUUUUAUUCCAAUUGCAACGAAAUUUAAGUAUUUUAUUAUCAUUCUUCACCAGCCGAUCAAAAUGACAGACACCUUGGUCAUGUGACGUGAUACGAUCGUUUCGUAAAGUAUGGUGGAACUCCUGGUAUGAUGUAAAUAUUUCUCGGACUGUAAAUAAAUCAAUGUUGAAAGCAAUAGAAAUGUCUAAUCCCUGUUGCGAAGACUGUCAUCUAUUCCUAAUGGGAAGCAGUCAGUCGGGGUAUGAUGAAGUUAACAGGCUUCAGUAAUCUUAGACUAAGAGUAGUCCCUCUUUCGCUUAGUCCAUCGUACGAGGCGCGAAACAAAACAUGGCCGCGCGAAAUCCUGGGGGCGAAGAGCGCCCAGGAUUUCGCGCGCCCAUUUUUUUUUCUUGCAGUUUUCUUCCGCGUCACGCACGACGGACUAAGCGAAAGAGGGACUAUUCGUAGUCUACAGUAAUCUGGGCGGGUCGGGAAGGGGAGAGAGUGGUACUUUGAAACUCACGACCUAUCUCCUGGGCCCGCUUCUCAAUUUAGAUACCUCGUCAACCAAGCCGGAAACACCUGUAGGAGGGCGGAACCAAGGAAAGGAAAAGUACUAUUUAUUGACACAUCUCAAUUUUGAAGUUAUUAGGGGUUCCCAGUGUGUCCCGACUUCGCAAAUGUAGCUCAACCUUAAAAUAAUCUAAUGGCUUUCUGGUGACUCUCAAAACUAUUGCUUCCCUAAUGGUGCCAGAUAGCUCUUUACUUUGUAUGUUUUGGUGCGAUAAUAGCCCAAUUUCGAUAUAUUAAAAUUCUAACUUGGGUCCGAGGCUGGAGGGAAUAAAACAAAAGAUCAUUAUUAUUCAUCCCUCGACCUU